UUGUACAAAACAAAAAAAAUCAUCCACAAUAAUCACUUUUUAUAAUUUUUCGUAAAAUACAAGUGUUUGGGAGAAUAUUCAGCGCAUAUCUUCAAUGUCUGAACCCUACAGGGCUAAAAUGUCCCUCUCAGAAGAAAUGUUUUCAAGUUUCGCUUUACGAAACAAGAGUAUAAAGACGGACCACCUCAGUUCAGACCCUGGAACAUCUUACGAGGUGUUUAGGAAUAAUACAACAGCUGUAGAAGUUAUAGUGAAAGAAGUGCCUAAGGGUAAGAAAAAAGGGGCGGACAUAUCAGAGUACCUGGACGAUACACUGACAAAGAGAUUACAAGAAGAAGCUGAUAAACUGCGUACUGAACUGAAUUCAACAAAGAACGCACUGAUGAAGUCUCGGAAGGGAUUUCUGGCAAUAGUAAGGGAGAUGAAGCAGCAACUGGACGCAGCGAACCAGCGAGAACUGGACACACAAACCAGGAACCUAGCCUUACAACUAGACAACGAGAAAUUGAAGUGUUUACUGGAAUCCAAGUGUAAUUUAUUGGGUAAAUUGAAGAAGGAGUUGAACAGUAUGAAGAGAGUUAUGAAGUAUGUUAUAAAGAGCAUUUGUGUCACUCCUACGGUCAUCUCAGAAAAUGUAACGAGCGUCUCUGACCCAGAAUAUGAUGAUUUCGAAAACGAUUUAAAGAAAAAUACGAAAGUAAAGUUUGCGUGUAAUAUGUUUGACGAAAUUGGCACAUUCGACAGUUCCAUCUCAAAGGACACAAAGUAUUAAUUUAAUAAGCGUCUGUUAUAAUAUUUUGAAGAUGUUUUGUGUUCGUCUAUACGUGAGCAAUUGUGAA